AUGGAAGAGAGUGUAGCUUUAGAUACUUCGAAACAGAAACAAUUUGUCAAAUCUGUGAGAGGGAUAAAAAAACUCCUUAAGAAAAAGGGAAAAGUUUCUAAACCACCUGUGGUUAAAGAAGCUGAACCAGAAGUUGUUGAGAGUAACAAAAGUGAUAAGAUUAAAGGUGGUAAGAUUAUUAAGCGGAGACGAAGGGGUUUAGUCUAUUUGGCACAUAUACCACAUGGUUUUUAUGAGCAUGAAAUGACAGAAUAUUUCAAACAAUUUGGAGUUGUGACGAACGCUCGCGUUAUAAGAUCUAAACGUACCGGUAGUUCAAAGGGAUAUGCAUUUGUUGAGUUUAAGGAGCCCACAGUGGCUCAAAUUGUUGCGGAAACUAUGAAUAAUUACCUUAUGGGCAAAAGGUUAAUAAAAGCUGUUUACAUACCUCCUUCAAAGCAAAAAAGGAGGGCUCUUAGAAAAAAAUGGAACUCUCAAAAUAAUCCAACAGCUCGACUUAGAAUGAGACUGAAAAGGAGACAUAAUGCUAAGAAAAGUGAGGAGGACGAGCUUAAAUAUGCUCAGAGAAUGUUGGCUAAUCUCAAUAACACUAAGAAAAAACUAAGUGAAAUAGAAAUUAAUUAUGAUUUCUUCAAACCUGUUGAUGUACCAGCAGAGUUGAUCGACAAGAUUCAAAAUGAAUCCGUGAUUGAUGUUAAGCCUAAAGAAGAAAUUAAAGAAGAACCAGAAGUCAAGCCCAAAAAGACAAAGAAAGAACUAAAAAGUGAUAAUAAAUUAAAAGUCACACAAGAGAUACCAAAACAAAAUAUAAAAGCAAAACCUGAAGGUAAACCUAGUGUAAAAAAAUCUAAGAGAGUUAAUAUUGAAGAGGCAAACCAACAGAAAGAUAAGCAAGCUAAGUUAGAUAAGGCUGGCGUCAAAGCGUUGGAAGAUUUCAUACAAAUCAAAGAUUCUGAUGGCGAUAGUGACAGUAGUAUAGACUUUGAUUCAGAUGAAUAUGAAAAAAUGAUAGAAAAUGAUGACGAUUCAUUGUUUGAUGACGACAGUGAUGUAGAGGAAAAUGAAAAGCCACAGAAUGAUAAAAAGAAAAUUAACAAAACAAAAAAAGCUGUAGUCCCUAAACAGGUGAAUGUUGUGCAAAACCAACGUACUAAAGUGAAUAAUAAAAAUGUUAAUAAUAAAAAGAUAAAACAACCACAAAAGCGAAAAGCAGCUACAGUUUCAGAAUCAGCUGUAAAAGUCAAGAAUGCAAAGUUUGAGAAGCAAAAUAAAAAUAAGUCUUUGAACAAAGUAAUGAAAAAGAAGAAAUAA